ACAUGUCCAGGGCAUCCCUGGCCCGGCCCGGCCGCGGCUAGGAGCAGUGGGUCUUGAUCCGCCCCUCUGUCCCUCAGUCCCGCCUGGCCCUGACCUGACCGGGCCUGCUUUCCGCUCUCGGUCACCUGAGGGAAGGAGUUGGGGAAGCGGCGGGUGGGUCUCGGAGAGGGAGCAUUGGCCCCAGGCUGGAGGAGGCUGACCCCGCGUCCCCGCCCAGCCCGCGCCUAUGCGGUACUUGAAGGAUGGCGAAGAGGUCGCGCAGUGAGGACGAGGAUGACGACCUUCAGUAUGCUGAUCAUGAUUACGAAGUACCUCAACAGAAAGGGCUGAAGAAACUCUGGAACAGAGUGAAGUGGACAAGGGAUGAGGAUGACAAGUUAAAGAAGUUGGUUGAACAACAUGGAACUGAUGAUUGGACUCUAAUUGCUAGUCAUCUUCAAAAUCGUUCUGAUUUUCAGUGCCAACAUCGAUGGCAGAAGGUUUUAAAUCCAGAAUUGAUAAAGGGUCCUUGGACUAAAGAAGAAGAUCAGAGGGUUAUUGAAUUAGUUCAGAAAUAUGGACCAAAAAGGUGGUCUUUAAUUGCAAAACAUUUAAAAGGAAGAAUAGGCAAGCAGUGCAGAGAAAGAUGGCACAAUCACCUGAACCCUGAAGUGAAGAAGUCUUCCUGGACAGAAGAAGAAGACAGGAUCAUAUAUGAAGCGCACAAGCGCCUGGGAAACCGUUGGGCCGAGAUUGCUAAGUUACUUCCUGGAAGGACUGAUAAUUCUAUCAAAAAUCAUUGGAAUUCUACCAUGCGAAGAAAAGUGGAGCAGGAGGGCUACUUACAAGAUGGAAUAAAAUCAGAGCGGUCUUCAUCAAAACUUCAACACAAACCUUGUGCGACUAUGGACCAUUUGCAAACCCAGAAUCAGUUUUACAUUCCUGUUCAGAUCCCCGGUUAUCAGUAUGUGUCACCUGAUGGCAAUUGUGUUGAACAUGUACAGACAUCUGCCUUUAUUCAGCAACCUGGAAGCUUUUCUAGCUGGUCUGGUAGUUUCCUCAUGGAUGAUAGUAUGUCUAACACACUGAAUAAUCUGGAGGAACACACUACUGAGUUUUAUAGCAUGGAUGAAAAUCAGACUGUUUCUGCUCAGCAGAAUUCACCCACAAAGUUUCUAGCUGUAGAAGCAAAUGCUGUGCUGUCUUCUCUACAGACCAUCCCAGAAUUUGCAGAAACUCUAGAACUAAUUGAAUCGGAUCCUGUAGCAUGGAGUGAUGUUACCAGUUUUGAUCUUUCUGAUGCUGCUGCUUCUCCUGUCAAGUCUACUCCAGUUAAAUUAAUGAGAAUUCAACAUAAUGAAGGAGCCAUGGAAUGUCAGUUUAACGUCAGUCUUGUACUUGAUGGGAAAAAGAACAGUUGUAAUGGUGGAGACAGUGAAGCUAUUCCUUUAACAUCCCCAAAUGUGGUCAAGUUUAGCACUCCACCAACCAUCCUCAGAAAGAAGAAAAGAAUUCGAGUGGGUCAGUCUGCAGGCAGUGAGCUUGGCGAUGGCUCACUUAGCGAAGUUGGUAAUGCAGCACUAAAACACACACCAGUGAAAACACUACCAUUUUCUCCUUCUCAGUUUUUUAACACAUGUCCUGGAAAUGAACAACUUAAUAUAGAAAACCCUUCCUUUACAUCAACCCCAAUUUGUGGGCAGAAAGUUCUCAUUACAACUCCUCUUCAGAAGGAAGCAACCCCCAAAGAUCAAAAAGAAAAUGUAGGAUUCAGAACUCCUACUAUUAGAAGAUCUAUACUGGGCACCACACCAAGAACUCCUACUCCUUUUAAGAAUGCACUUGCUGCUCAGGAAAAGAAAUAUGGACCUCUUAAAAUUGUGUCCCAGCCACUUGCCUUUUUGGAAGAAGACAUUCGAGAAGUUUUAAAAGAAGAAACUGGAACAGAUAUAUUCCUCAAAGAGGAAGAUGAACCUGCUUAUAAAAGCUGCAAACAAGAGCACUCUGCAUCUGCAUCUGUGAAGAAGGUCAGAAAAUCCCUUGCCUUAGAGAGCUGGGACAAAGAAGAACCAGGCACUCAACUACUAACUGAAGACAUUUCAGACAUGCAGUCAGAAAAUAUUCUUACAACAUCUUUAUUAAUGAUACCAUUAUUGGAAAUACAUGACAAUAGGUGCAACUUGACUCCUGAAAAACAAGAUAUAAAUUCAGCCAACAAAACAUAUACACUUAAUAAAAAGAGACCAAACCCUAACCCUUGUAAAGCUGUCACAUUGGAAAAGAGUCUUCAGUCGAAUUGUGAAUGGGAAACAGUGGUAUAUGGGAAGACAGAAGACCAACUUAUCAUGACUGAACAAGCGAGAAGAUAUCUGAGUACUUACACAGCUACCAGCAGCACAUCAAGAGCUCUAAUACUCUAACUUUUACUAAAGCUGAUAAAAUGCCCUACCCCUUUACUGUAUUUUAUGCUAAAUUAGGUUGCAAUGAAAUUUGUCUCAAUUAAUUCUUUUAAAGGUUUUAAUACAUCCCUAAAAUGGUUCACAUUUUUUUUUCUAUAUUGAACAGGCAAAAAACUAAUAAGCUACUUAAAGUAAGGGGUAGGCAAAUUUAUUAUUUAUAUGUUUAAGAAAUGAGAGUUUUAAAAUUUGUUUUUAAAGAACAAAAUGGGAAAAUAAGCAUGUUCCUGGGUAUUCCAUAGUAAAUUCUCACAUAAUUUCUUUACAGGAUAUAUGUUGCUACUGUCUCAAGGCUGUAGUCUGUUAUAAACAAGUUAAGUGUGUGUGACCUCUGAAAGUCUACAUUUAGGAAGCACAGAGGCUUUAUGAAGUACUUUUGCAUGUGUGCUGAUUUACUUAGACUACCAUUCAUAAAGAAACACAGUGGGAAGGAGUCUCAAGGAAGCUAGAAGUUGCACUACUAAUUUUGGUAUUUUUCAGAAACAAUGAAAUUAACUACAGUGUUAAGGAUAUUUAUUUGUGCAUAGUACUAAAAAUGCAUUGAAAAUGGGCUUUUUCUUACUAGUAAAGAGUCAGUAUUUCUUCAUAAGUCUCAGAAGAGCUGAGAAUUUUGUUGAAUGUAUUGUACAGUAUAUAGGAGCAAGAAAACUUUGUAAAUUGGAAAGAUGUCUGUUUUUAUAACUUAUUUUCAUUUUUAAAGCUUAAAUGUAGAUAUUUAUAUAUACAGGGUGUCUAGAAGCCAGUGUUGUUUCUUGCCAUUACAGCUAACAUAGUAAAGAAUAACUUUGACUUUCAAGUAUGAAAUAGUUAAGUUAUAGCUGCAAAGAAUACAAUAUCUAAACUGUAUGUCACAUCUACCUAAAUAUUGCACUAUAUCCUUUAAAUCAUGUUGGUUUUAAAGUAGUUCUAAAAUGUACUAAAUAAUAAUUUAAUAUUUUCUUUUUAAAUUAUAUUGGAGGGUCAUAUAAAUUAAUCUGGUGAUUUGUAUAUGUGUUUGAAAUUUUCAUUUUGUUUAAAAAACAGUACGGUACCUUGUUCCCUAAAACAGUCUGCACUUAGAAGUUGUAUUUACUCAAUGUUUCAGAAGUAGAAAAUAUUAUCUUUAUUUAUACAAAUAUUUUUGUCCUUUUAUAAAUGUUUUGUGUUUCCAGGUUACAACAGUUGCUUCGGUUGCCUGUUUAGGUGUUUGCACUUAUUUUAUCUCUUUUGGAAAGAAUGUCUUUGCUUAUGUGGUAGAGAUUUUAUGUAAUUUUUUGAGAUGUAUAAUGGUGUGCUGUCAACCUAAACACUGACAGGCAAAUAGAAUUGUACACUGUAGUUUGAAUUAUUUAUAAUUGACACACUCUCUCCCUCUCCACUCCUGAAGUAUGCUGCUAUAGAAAGUAGCAGAAUCGGCUUGCUGCUAUGAGAGAUGGAAAGAGCGACCACCACUUGCACUGUGUGAAAAGAUAAGCAAAUGAUGGCACGUUCUCAAGUUAACUGAUGGAUUCAACUAUUCCCAAGCAGAUUCUUACAAAGACCAAAACACCACUAUGCCUCAAAACCAAACCAAACAGCUUAAGAUUUUUAAAACUCUAUUUAUCUGUUAAUAGAAAUGGGACUACUGAAUUUUUUAAUGCUUAGUUCUUCAACAGUAGACCUAAAGGGUUUUAAGCUUUAAAUCCAAUUGCUAGUUUUUGCAUACUCUAUGUUAGUGAGAAGUAAAGGAUAUGUGUGGUGGUAUUAAGAUUAUGCCUUCUUGAUAACAAUAGGUAAAACAAUUUGAAUCUUCUUAGCAUGUUAAAUAUGUUUAUUUUUUUCUAAUUAAUGAACUUCUCACAGAAAUUUUGCUUUGUAAAACCAAUGAUUGUGGAAAAAAAAUCUAUAUAUCAUUUCAAUUACUUUGGGGUAACAAUAGCACAUAAUUCCUUUUUUAAAAAAUGUAGCCUUCAGCUGAUUGGAUGUAAUAAUCUCCAGUUGCCAAAGUAUAUAACUCAGACAUGCUACAUAUUCUAAAACAUAUUUUUUCUUGAGCAUUAAGUUAACACAAAUGUUAAUAUAUUAUACAUAAGCCUCAGCUUAUGGGACAGAGUACAUAUUUGGGUUGGUAUUGGUUGAAUCCUCCAGUUAACUGCUUUGUUGUUUUUUUUGCAAGAUUUGUAAUCAUAAAAAUGUUAGGCAUCUUAAGUCAUCUUUUUCUACUGUUCAUUUAUAUUCUUCAGUUUUCUGAAGAUGCCAGACGUACAGGUAGCAGCCAUACAUGCAUGGAAACUGACUUCACACAUACCAAUACUGCAUUUUGUUGUAAGGUUUUCACAUUAAUACAGCAAUUACACUGAUUAAAUUGAGUUUUUUUAAUAUAUGAAAAACUUUGCAUUGUAAGAGAAUCUUGCAGACAAUGUUGAAAUCUAUUAACAUCCAAAUAAAAGCAU